GAUCCUGUGUGGAAGCUGAGCAGUGUUGUAUUGUAUCUGUGACGUUAAGGUGGCGUCUUAAAAAUCUCUCAUUUUUUAUUAUUAAAAAAAAAUAAUUUUCAUUUAUUUAAUUAAAGUGAAGAAUACAAUUAAAACAUGCAGAAGUGGUUCUUGUUUUUGCUAUUAGCCAUCUUAAGCUAUGAGGCUAUUGGCUAUAGAAACAAACGUCAAGCAGAAAGUGAGGAUUCGAUAUCAGGAGAAGAAGAUUUAGAAGAUAGAUACGGCUGGAAUAGACCUAAUAGGCCACACCGACACAGAAGACCUAACUUCUGGUUCCCAGGACAAGAUCAGGGUCAAUUCCCAUGGGGACAAGGUCAAUUCCCUGGAGGACAAAAUCAAUUCCCAGGUGGUCAGGGUCAGUUCCCAGGAGGACAGAAUCAAUUCCCAGGAGGACAAGGCCAAUUCCCUGGAGGCCAGGGUCAGUUCCCAGGAGGACAGAAUCAAUUCCCAGGCGGACAAGGUCUAUUCCCAGGAGGACAAGGUCUAUUCCCCGGAGGACAGAAUCAAUUCCCAGGAGGACAGGGUCAGUUCCCAGGAGGUCAGGGUCAGUUUCCAGGAGGACAGGGACAGCAACCAGGCCAGGGACAACAACCAGGACAGGGACAACAACCGGGACAACAACCAGGACAAAUUACAACGCCAUCUUCUAAUGGUGCCACAACUCAGUCCCCCACGGUUCGCGCGUGUAUAGCAAGCUGCCCGGUCACGGCCGAGUACAACCCUGUCUGCGGCUCCAACGGCGUUACCUAUGACAACCCUGGACGUUUGAGCUGUGCUCAAGUCUGCGGACUCGGUGUCACUUUGCUAAGAUCAUCGCGUUGUCCCGCCGCGACUCAGACCAAUUAAACUAAUUCUUCAUGUGUUUCUCAUGUGAGCAAUAAAAAAAUAAUAAAACUAUAUUUUUACUA